UUGGAUUUGCAUGCUUGGUUGAUUACGUUCAUUACUCCAGCUUUCAAGGGAACUUCGAGUGUUCGGGUACUCAGAAAUUGUUGCUUCUGAGCUCGUGAGUGGAGAGAUUAUUGGCUGCUUAUUCGGGUUUUUAUCCUCUUCAUCCUCAGCUAUAUGGUGAUUUUGAAGUCCGUUCACAGAGUAUUAUGGUUUUGGUCCUGUGUGUUUGGUAGAAUUUACAAGUUUUGCCGACUUAAAAGUAUAAGUGUUGAGAAUUGAUAUUGGGGCUUCUGGAAAAGAGAGUAAUGAGUUCAAAUUUUUCCCGAAGAAUUAGCUGAAGAAGGGCGCUGACAGUCAAUAAAAGAAAGAUUUCAGGAAAUGGGCGAUGCUGAUUCGGUUACAGUGCAAAACAAGUCCCUAGAUAAUUACGUACAUUCGUCAUCUUGUGAGGAGCCACAGAUGUGCCCCGUGACAGAGAACUCUAAAUCAAAAGAACCAGAAGCUAGUUCUUCGCCGGGGGGAGGGUUGAACCAUAGCAUAACUGCACCUGUUGGAACUGAGAGGUACCAGCUUAUUGAUUAUAACGAGGUUAUGUUUUCUAGAUCCUUAACAGAGAAGACAUCAUCUCCAAGGCAUAGCUUGUUAUUGGACAGACUUUUAGAGCGAGAAAAGAAAAAAUUGAUUGGGAACCUUGUGAAGAUACAAAAUGACGGGACUGUCAAAGUGUAUUUGGAAAAGAGUGAGCCUGUUGCAUCAGAAUUGUUAGAGCUCCAAUCAUUUGAAGACUUGGCAGUGAGGGACAUUUUCGUUUCUGAAUGCAAAAAACCAAUUCCAAGGUUGCAAAUUGCUAUACUUGUUGUUGGAACCAGAGGGGAUGUACAGCCUUUUCUGGCCAUUGCAAAGAGACUACAGGAAUAUGGUCAUCAUGUUAGGUUAGCAACUCAUGCUAAUUUUAACACAUUUAUAAAGUCAGCUGGUGUGGAUUUCUAUCCCUUGGGUGGUGAUCCUCGAGCUUUGGCAGGAUAUAUGGUCAGAAAUAAAGGACUGAUCCCAUCAGGACCAUCAGAAAUAUCCUCGCAAAGAAAGCAGCUGAAGGCCAUUAUUGAAUCUCUUCUCCCAGCAUGCACCGCACCUGAUUUAGAAACUGGUGUUCCUUUCAGAGCUCAGGCUAUUAUUGCCAAUCCUCCAGCAUAUGGACAUGCACAUGUCGCUGAAGCCCUUGGGGUGCCUCUUCACAUCUUCUUCACAAUGCCUUGGACGCCAACAUAUGAGUUCCCUCACCCUUUGGCACGUGUUCCUCAAAGUGCUGGUUAUUGGCUGUCCUACAUUGUUGUAGAACUAAUGAUGUGGUGGGGGAUGAGAGGAAUUAUCAAUGACUUUAGGAAACGGACAUUGAAGCUUGCUCCUAUCGCAUACUUCAGUAUGUAUCGUGGAUCAAUAUCUCAUUUACCAACUGGCUAUAUGUGGAGUUCUCAUGUUGUUCCAAAGCCAAGUGACUGGGGCCCUUUAGUUGACGUUAUUGGUUAUUGUUUCAUAAACCUUGGAUCAGAGUACCAACCACGGGAAGAUUUUGGGCAGUGGAUUGAAAAUGGACCAAAACCCAUAUAUUUUGGGUUUGGGAGCAUGCCGCUUGAAGAUUCCAAGAAAACUACCGAUGUUAUAUUGGAGGCACUAAAGGAUACAGGACAACGGGGUAUUAUUGAUCGUGGUUGGGGAAAUCUAGGGAAUUUGGAAGAAGUUCCGGAGUAUGUUUUCCUUCUGGAGGAAUGUCCGCAUGAUUGGUUGUUUCCUCAAUGUUCUGCUGUGGUGCAUCAUGGCGGUGCUGGAACCACAGCUACAGGAUUAAAAGCUGGGUGCCCCACUACCAUAGUUCCAUUCUUCGGAGAUCAGUUUUUCUGGGGAGACCGCAUAUAUGAGAAAGGAUUUGGACCGGCCCCAAUUCCAAUCUCUGAGCUCACUUGCGAGAACUUAUCAAAUGCCAUAAAGUUCAUGCUCCAGCAAGAGGUGAAAUCUCGAGCAGUGGAAAUAGCCAAGUUGAUUGAGAAUGAGGAUGGUGUUGGUGCUGCAGUGGAUGCAUUUCACCGCCAUCUGCCUCCUGAUUUACCCCUCCCAAGUCCAUCCCCGCCGGUCGAGAAGGACCAACCUUUUCCUUUGCAGUGGCUUUUUCUUCAGGUCGCAAACUUGUGUUCUGUACCUUGUGGUGGUGUGUAGGCUUUUCAAACGUAACUUCAGUCUUUUCUUUUUCAUUUUCAAUAUAUAUAUAUAUAUAUAUAUAUAUUAAUUAACAUGAUUGCAGGUAGAAUAGUGGUUCCUUUAUUAUUAUUAUUUUUUCCUUCCAGAAUUUUACAACAUAGUGAUUUGCUAUGUGGUAUUCCAUUCAUUUUAGUCAAGCAUCAAACUCUCUACGUUGGGGGUUUGAUUAAUAAUUCAUAUUGCAGAUGUACAUUAGACUUGUUUUUCUACCUUUAGUAUAUAUAAGAGGUUUUGCUAUUUGGAAUAUGGUAUUCAUACAUUAUAACUUUUGGUUAUGUAAUUGAUGUUUGAUUAUUAAAUUAAGAGCUCUUUGAAUUUCA